AUGGACACAGAUCGAAUUUUAUUAUUGUUGAGCCAUUUUGUCACGCUGGGGGAUGUUGAAUCUUCUUCAAAAAUAUUGUCUAGCAGCAAAAAUGGUGUUGUAAACGAUUGUCUAAUCAAAUGCAUCUGUGUUUUAUGGCCUGAACUAGAUGACCCACGUAAAUUGAAAUUUCUCAAAUCAUAUUUUGAUCAAAAUCAUACAGUUCAAGAACUUGACUAUGUUCAAUAUAUUGAAAACAAUGUCUAUAUUAGAGGAAUUCUAAACGACACAGAAAAUUUCCGUAAGCAUGUACUUAACCUAAAGAACUUUUUAAAUACCAAAAUUAAUGGACAAAUAAAAACCAUUGAAGAAUUUAUUCGUUAUAGAGUUUAUAUAGUCAACGAAAUAUUGAUCGAUUCCCCCCUGUUUUGUGAACCUUUGUGGAACGAAUUGGGUUUAAAUAAAAACCCUUGGAUUUGUGGAGUUGUUAAACCUUGUAGUCAUUUCAUCAAAGCACAGAGGUCAGGUCCAGAUAAAAAUUAUACAAUUAAAAUCAAGGAUUUUGAACAAAUGAAGGUAGAUAUAAUCCUACAACGCAUGUUUGAAUUUUUCAUGGAUACUUCCUCAAAUAAGAUUAUGGUGGCAAAUUACCAGCUUUAUCCAUAUAUUAAAUACACAAAAUCUGAAAACUUAUUUGUGAGCAACUGUUUGCCCCAAAUUAAGUCGUUCGAUUACAAAAUUAUAGAGUUUUUAACUUUACAUUCAAUUGUUGAUAUACCUAGCUAUUACACUUUUUUACUUAAAGUUAUUUGGGAACAUUCUUUAAAUUUCAAUUAUCAUCAAAUUACCCAAUUAUUGAAAAACAUUCCCGAUGAAACUAAACUAGAAAACGAAAACGCAUGUUCUUGCAAAGUUAUGAAACAAUAUGUAGAAUAUAUGCGUUUAUUAGAUAUCAAAUCUUUCAAUCAGGUUCAUGAUAUUCAACUCAAUAAGAAUGGUCUCCAGAAAACUUAUUUUACCGUUGCCUGUGACAAUUAUUUCCAAAAAUUUACAGAUACUUCAAUGAUUAACCCAUGGUUUUUUGAAAGUGCACUAUUCAAAGAUCUAUCUAAUAAGGAAAAGGAACUGAUAAUCAUAGAUUCUUUAAUAUCAAAUAAAAAAUUAAACUUAUUGUCCCUUUUUAUCAAAGGUAAUGUGGAUCCCGAGGUUUUAGUGACACAUUUCUGGAAAUUUUUUUACAAAGCUUCAAGUGGGCUUCCAAGCAAUGCGAACAUGAUAGAAUGCGAAAAAAUCGUUGGGCUUUUAAACCAAUCUCAUAUACAUAAGAGGUUGUCUACGCUUUUAGAUGUUGUGGAAACAUUAGCCACCAAAUUCCCCACUUUAAAAAUAGUCAAUGAUCCAAACUUUGCCACUUUUAAACCAUCCCACAUUUUAUCUUUAAAAUCCAACCCAGACGGUUUAUUAGAAAAACUAUUAGCUGCCAAUCCAAAACAGUAUUUGGAUCCUGAGGCCACAAAAGAUAUUUUAAAGAAAUUAUAUGUUGCAUUGGAUAUUAAUUCACCUCCUAAUAACCAGAAACUAGAGGCAUUCAUAUUAUCUCUGCAUAUAGAAACCGCGUUAUCCCAGGUUGAUUUUGAAUUGGCAUAUUCCAUGUCUAAACUUUUGUUGGAAAAUGAAAACGCUAGGCUCUAUUGGGUGGUGAUUUUACAAGUCGGAAAGUUUAUUGAUGCAGAUAACUGGCCAGAUUUAGAAACUCCAACGGAAAUUAUAUAUUUGCAAAUGGAAGUAUUAUCUAAAUUAAUAAUGAUUAUUCCUUCUGAAAACAUGGAGAGCGUUGUGUCAGAAUUCAGUAGGCUACAAUUGGAAUUGGUGACAAGAGAUUUGAUUAAUGACAAGUACUCAUUAAAGAAUAUGCAAAAAUUGGAAAAUAAUUAUACCAAGUUCAUCAGUGGUAUAAAAUCAAACAUGCAUAGUAUAAUGGGUGAACUAUGA